GUGAGGUGGAAAAUAAAAACUUCCAUGACCUCGGCUCGAAGCAGACAACAAAAUGGUGAUUUUUGUGAGUUCCUUUUUUGUUCUGAUCGCCAUCUGUGGUGUAUUUUACUAUCUUACCUUGGACAAGCAGCAUUCAAGUAGUGAUCCUGGUUUUAUAGCGUUUCAAAGGACCUAUCUUGUUGUUUAUCUUCUCGCUCAAGGUGCUGAUUGGCUGCAAGGCCCUCAUGUAUACGCUUUAUACUCUAGCUAUGGCAUGACGUCAUUGCAAAUCAGUCAGUUAUUUGUUGCUGGGUUUGGAUCUUCCAUGAUUUUUGGUACAGUUAUUGGAUCUUUUGCUGAUAAACUGGGAAGAAAAGCAAAUUGUAUAUUAUAUGGAAUUCUUUAUGGAUUAGACUGUCUUACAAAGCAUGUUCCAAGCUUCUGGGUGCUUAUGAUAGGCCGUUUGCUGGGUGGCAUCGCAACGUCUAUACUCUUCAGUGCAUUUGAAUCAUGGCUUGUAUGUGAGCACAGCAAGAGAGGCUUUAGCAAGGAUUUACUCUCAGUGGUGUUUUCACAUGCAGUUCUUGGUAAUUCUGUCAUUGCUAUAUUAGCAGGAUUAGUGGCACAGGGUGUGGCCUCGCAGUUUGGUUUUGUUGCUCCAUUCACAUUGUCCUUAAUACUGCUGAUACUGGUCAGUGGCUUGGUUUACCUGUUGUGGACUGAAAACUAUGGUGACUCCUCUGGGAACUUUUAUAAGUCAUUUCUAAGUGGCAUAAGUGCAAUAAAGAAUGAUUCAAAAAUUCUUUGUUUGGGUUUGAUACAGUCAUUUUUUGAGGGUUCAAUGUAUACAUUUGUCUUAGAAUGGACGCCAGCAUUGACUCCAGUGGAAAAACUGGGUACAAAGGAUGUAAAACAGACUAUUCCACAUGGCUGGAUAUUUGCAUCAUAUAUGGUGUCAAUCAUGUUGGGUUCAAGUAUAUUCAAAUAUUUGUGUAGAACAAACUCACCAGAGAGUUUUAUGAGGGUAGUGUUUGCUGUUGCUGCUAUGUCUCUCACAGUCCCCAUUAUAUCCCCUAAAAGUCAGACGUCAAUAUUCAUAGCAUUUUUGGUCUUUGAGGUUUGUGUUGGUAUAUUCUGGCCUGCACUUGGUACAAUGAGAUCAAAAUAUGUUCCUGAAGAAAGUCGAGCUACCAUAAUGAAUAUGUUUCGAAUACCUUUGAACUUUAUCGUCAUAUUGAUUUUACUACAA